UUGUGGUACGAGGUAGUGAACUUCCAUUUCACCGAGACGCGAUUAGAUCAAACCCCGGCGGAAUCUUUAUAUAGGAAAGACACACACACACACACUCACACACACUGAGAGAGCAAGCCUCAUACGCGCGAGCGUUUUCUCAUUUCCUCCACGUCAGGAAAGCAGGAGCGUGUUCAUAAUCAGCCAGGUUUUUAUUUAGACUCGACGUUAUGGGUGGGUCGUAAAGGAGUCUAUUUGCAUUGUAAAUGCAUAUUUAAUAAGGCGAUCGAACUCCGGGCCAGCAAGAGAUUUUUGGCGGAAAAAGCCGAGACCUGCCGAAUGUUCAAUUAACUCGCGACAUGGUUUAUAUCUGUGUGGCGUGCGGUAAUUCAUUCGCGUGCGCACACACACACGAGAGAGAGAGAGAGAGAGAGAGAGAGAUGGUGUCCCUCCUGCUCCCCUGACCGCGCGCGCACACACACUCACACUCACACAGUCUUCUCCAACAAGCGCGUGCGACUCGUUUCUGUGUCCGUCUGUUAAUUGACCAGUCGUCACCUAGUAACUCCUGCCGUAAUUUCUCAGCAAGACUUUUCUUUCUUUCUUUCUUUCUUUCUUAUUCUCCAUUCUGAGUCUGUACCUGUAUUAUCAGCGAGCACGAGACUUCAGAGGAUUGGUGAAAAAGGACAGGAGAGUGGCAAAGAACUUCCUUUCUCACAGCCAACCUAGUCCAAAGGUCAAGGGUCAAAAGGUCAUGCCCUCAGUGUGAGCCGAAAUGUUCCACACGUUCCCCAACAAAUCCAAGCCGCAUUCCCCGGUCUCGUUGGAGAAGACCUACUCUCUCACUGCACACUAUGACGACUUCCAGGAAGUGAAGUAUGGCAGCCGAUACAGCAGCAAUGGCAUGAGCUUGACUCUGGGUGGUUCGCUGGAUCGUAGUGGGCGAUCCCGGGGUGGUGCAGCAGGUGGGGUCAGUGGGAGUAAGUCUUCCAGUAAUGAGAGGUGGAGUCACCGUGAGAUCUGCCUGCUUUCUGCUUUGGUGUUCGCCGGGGGCGUGUGUGUGAUCCUGGGCUGCAUGCUGGCAUUGAAGUUAGUCUGGUUGGACGCUCAGGACACUCAGUGCGUACGGGAGUGUGGGACAGUGCGGCGCUCGCUCCUCAGGGCUGCUCGCUUCGUCCAGGCCAAUGUAGAUGCCAGCGUGGCACCGUGUCAUGACUUCUAUAGCUUCGCAUGUGGAGGCUGGCUGAGACGACACGCCAUUCCCGAGGACAAACUCAGCUAUGGAGUCAUCACGGCCAUUGGAGAGCAGAACCAGGAGAAGCUACAGCGCCUGCUGGAGGAACCAAUCAAGAGGAAGGGAUCCAAUAGUGCUGAAAGAAAGGUGAAGGAGUUUUAUCGUUCCUGCGUUAACAUCCAGGAAAUCGACCGGCUCGGCGCUGAGCCCAUGACGGAUGUGAUUGACAGCUGUGGUGGGUGGGACUUGGCUGGAGCUCCGCCUGGUGGUGCGGGCUGGGAAAGUGGCUCCAUACCUACGAGACCUGACUUUAACGAGAUGCUCUAUAGGACCCAGGGGCUGUACAGCACAGCUGUCUUCUUCUCACUUACUGUUAACGUGGAUGAUAAAAACUCAUCACGCAAUGCCAUACGAAUUGAUCAGGAGGGUCUGACGUUGCCUGAGAGGACUUUGUACCUGGGCCAGGAUGAGGACAGUGUGAAGAUCCUGGCAGCCUACAAGGCGCUAAUGGAGCGGCUGCUGAGCAUGCUGGGAGCUCAAAAUGCCACGGUGAAGUCCCGUGAGAUCCUGGACCUUGAGAUGAGACUGGCUAAUAUCACUGUGUCUGAAUUUGAGGAUCAGAGAAAAGAUAUCAGCAGCAUGUACAACCGCAUCACACUGAAACAGCUCCAACGCAUGGCUCCUGGAUUACACUGGAAAAGGCUGCUGGAUCGAAUAUUCCACGAUAAUUUUUCAGAGGAAGAAGAGAUCGUGGUCCUGGCCACAGACUACAUGCACAAAGUCUCUGACAUCAUCAAGACCACGUCAAAAAGGGUUUUACAUAACUAUAUGCUGUGGAGGAUCGUAGCGGCGCUGAGCGAGCACUUAUCCACGGGUUUCCGAAGCACGAUCCACGAGUUCUCGCGUGAGAUAGAUGGAACUGAACGACAGCAGGAGCUUAACCGGCUGUGUCUCAGUCAGGCCAACAAACACUUCGGCAUGGCGCUGGGUGCACUUUUUGUCCAGACUCACUUCUCGUCCCGGAGCAAGGCCAAGGUACAGGAGCUGGUGGAGGACAUAAAACACUCUCUGGAUAUCAGACUGCAGGAGCUCGACUGGAUGGACGAAGAAACCAAGGAGGCAGCGAGAGCCAAGCUCCAGUACAUGAUGGUGAUGACCGGUUAUCCAGACUUCCUGUUAAAGCCGGAGCUCAUUGAUCAGGAAUACGGGUUUGAAGUGAGUGAGAAGACAUACUUCAAAAACAUCCUGAAUAGCAUCAAGUACAACAUCAACCUGUCCAUCAACAAGAUCCACAAGGAAGUGGACAAGACGACGUGGCUUCUACCACCCCAGGCGCUUAAUGCUUACUAUCUUCCAAACAAGAACCAGAUGGUGUUCCCAGCAGGAAUUCUCCAGCCGACUCUGUACGAUCCAGAGUUCCCACAGUCUCUAAAUUAUGGAGGAAUUGGAGCAAUCAUCGGACACGAGCUAACACACGGAUAUGACGACUGGGGUGGUCAAUACGAUCGCUAUGGUAACCUAAAGCAGUGGUGGACUGAGGAGUCCUACAGAAAGUUCCAGAAGAAAGCAGAGUGUAUCAUCAAACUGUACGACAACUUUACCGUCUACAACCAGCGGGUAAAUGGGCGUCUCACACUGGGAGAGAACAUUGCUGAUCUUGGGGGACUGAAACUCUCCUACUAUGCAUAUCAGAAGUGGGUGAGGGAUCAUGGUCCGGAGCAGCCGCUACCUGGUCUCAAGUACACACACGAGCAGCUGUUCUUUAUAGCUUUUGCCCAGAACUGGUGCAUGAAGAGGAGGUCUCAGUCCAUUUACCUUCAGCUGCUGACCGACAAACAUGCCCCUGAACACUACAGGGUCAUCGGCAGCGUGUCUCAGUUUGAUGAGUUCGGUCGUGUGUUUCACUGCCCAAAAGGAUCUCCUAUGCAUCCUGUCAACAAGUGUUCCGUCUGGUGACCUUCAUCACUGACCUUUGACCUCUCACAUUUCAGUUAUCUGUCCAGAUAUCUCUGUCUGUUCCCACAGGAUUCUGAAAACAGCCUCAUGUGGGAAGAACAAAACAGAAACAUUUCAGAGAGCUGCUGCGAGCUUAACCUGUUCUUCUUUAUAGUAAAUUAAACAGCGUUGUCAUGGUUACGAUAUACAUUCAGUUGAUGAGGCCGUGCAUAUUCUAACUAGCCUGCUCUCUAGCUAGCAUAAAAAAAUUCUAAUGGCCACUUUGAGCAAAUGUAUUUUUUAAAUAAUUAAAACAUCCUUGUCCAUCAUUGGAAGAGAGAUGCAAUGCCUUCUGGGUAAUCCCGAAAUCUGGGAAGUUGUUUACAUUAAAGUUAAUGGAAAAUGAAAUGAAAAUUUCGACCAAAUCUUUGAGUCAGGAGAACUUUUAUCAAUAAACUGCACCUGAGCUGAUAAAAAAAAAAGUGCUUUCAAAUGGCAGAAAGUUCCAGAAGAAGCGUGUCAUCUUUUCUUUACUAAUCCACGAGCUUUGUGUUUUUCAGCGCUGCUUUCUACACAUCUUUAGUGUCUGAACUUAUAUUUUCUACAUAAAUAUUACCUUAAAGAAUCAUAUAUUUAUUUAUUUUUAUAUUCAAAUUAAGUGUUCAUGGUUUAUUCUUAUUAGCUAUUAGAAAUAGUUUGUGUGUGUGUGUGUGUGUGUGUGUGUGUGUGUACUCCAUAUUUAUGAAACUCAGUGUAAAAGCUGCUACACAAAUCUCACAAAUAUCAAGAAGAAAAAACUCUUUACAAAACUGUAACUCAGUAACAACACAGUGUGUGUGUAUGUAAUGGAAUGAUUGUGUGUGUGUGUGUGUGUGUGUGUGUGUGUGUGUGCAGGUGUAAUGGAACAAUUGUGUGUGUGUGAGUUUUUUAGGUGUAAAUGUUAGUGGGAGCAGGUUGUAAAUCUUCAGGAAGGACUGCUGUUUAUGAUGGGGGGGUAAAGGGGUCACAGCAGUCAUAGCUUUUCUUACAUUUUCUUUUGUAAAAAAAAAAUACAACAAAAAUGACAAAACCAUCCCCGUUUCUUAAGAUUCCUCUGAUCUUUGUGCGGUCAUUGAUUUUGUUGUUACUUUCUGAAAUGGACAUGUGCAUGUGUUUCUGUUUCCUGUUUCACAUUAAACGAAUUCCUCACACAAGUUAGUGAGAUGAAGCGAGGUUAUGAUUCUGACAGAAAUCCCAGGAGAAGAUGCUGAUGGACACAGUAAACCCCACUCACACACACACACUGUAUUGAUUUGUACAAAGUGAUUGUGAUUUUUUUACGGAUGUGAAAUGACUCUUUCGUAAAAUGCCACGACUGGAACGACGGCUUUGUUAUUGUUCAUGUCUGUGUCUUGUGUGUGUUGAUGCAAGUUUCUCUCUCUUCAGGCAUUAAAAUUGUAUAUUACAAAAAAGAAUAAAUAAAUAAAUACAUGAAUAAAUUAAUAAACAAUGGUCACACUGUGUUUGAGCCUGAUAAAGACCAAAUGUAGUAUUCAAUUCAAUUUUAUUUCGAUAGAGCUUUUAACAAAUGGACAUUGUCUCAAAGCAGCUUUACAGAACAUAAACAGUACAAAAGUCAUAGAUGUUAGACAAAAUCAUCCCUAGUGAGCAAGUCUGAGGCAAGGAAAAACUCCCUUAGAUGGUAUGAGGAAGAAACCUUGAGAGGAACCAGACUCAAAAGGGAACCCAUCCUCAUUUUGGUGGCACCGGAGAGUGUGAUUAUGUCUAUUUCAGUUAUAUACAGACAGUUGUGUGAUGUAGAUACAGCAUAUGCAGAAUAUUAGUGUGUGUAUUAAGAGGUUGUUGUUGUGGGCUGGCAGCGUUGCUUUGAUAUACUCAAAUCCUCACUAAUCAGAACCCAGCUGAAGUUGGUCCAUCUUUGGAUGCCUCAGGAUCCUCGCAGAGUUGGCCUCUGUCUACCGGAGCUGGCACAAUCUCUAGGUUCCUCAGGAUUAGUAGCAAAAGGGAACAAGUGGAAAGGAAUUAGUGUAGCUGCCAUAAUAUUAGCAGUACUAGAUGAUAACAUGCAUUAUGCAUUUAAUCAGAUGUACUGGAGCACAAGGUUAUGGGAUGUGUUAGAUGUAUGCCAGGCUAAAGAGAUAAGUCUUUAAUCUACGUUUAAACUGGGAGACUGUGUCUGAGCCCCGAACACUGUCAGGAAGACUAUUCCAAAGUUUAGUAGCUAAAUACGAAAACGCUCUACAACCUUUUGUAGACUUUGAUAUUCUGGGAACUACCAGAAGUCCAGAGUUUUGAGAUCUUAAGGAGUGUGGUGGAUUGUAACGUGUUAGAAGACUGGCUAGAUACGUGGGAGCUAAACCAU